AUGUCUCAGUCAAACGCCCGCACCAGUGUGCUUUUUGUCUGCCUGGGCAACAUCUGUCGCUCUCCAAUGGCUGAAGGUGUAUUCCGGGACUUGGCAGCUACCCACCCCUCCAUCGGAGAGAUCGACUCGGCCGGCACAGCCGCCUACCACAGCCUCGAGCCCCCCGACUCCCGUACAAUGUCCACUUUGCGCCGCCACGAAAUCACCCAGUACGAACAUGCCGCUCGCAAGGUGACACGGGAAGACUUCCUGACCUUCGACUACCUUCUCGCCAUGGACAAGUCGAAUCUGCGUGAGUUGCUGGACACCCGCGAGUCGGUCAUUGCAACACUGCAGAGGAAGACCGACAACAAGCCGAGCUCCAAGAGCACCCGCUCCCACGUCGAUGCUGCAAUUGGCGCUUACAGCCCGGAUACGAAGGUCGCUGACGUUCGUUUGUUCGGUGACUUUGGCAAGGGUGGUAAGCUGACGGACCGUGUUGGUGGAGGCGAGGUCGUGAAGGAUCCAUACUAUGGUGGUGCCAACGGCUUUGAGGAGGUCUACCAGCAAGCUGUGCGAUUCUCCCGGAACUUCUUGGACCAUGUGGAACACAAAGCGGCUUCGGAGUAA